GGCGGGUCUUCUUAGUAGGAAGGUCAUUUGUAUACUGGUCCCCGAAACUUCUUUAGUGUCCAUCUACACCAGUUUGUGGUGAAGACGGUAGAGGUCGGACAUAUUCUAAAGCUGGUCUUCCAAAGUCAACUGUCGACGUUCUGGCUUGUGUGCGCACCACCAGGAUCCCUCUUAUUAUUUUCAAUGCGUCUCUUAAUAUAACGCCGUUCCUGCUUAUUUACCUGUUGUUAGCUUGAAGAUGCUACUGGCGUUGCCGGGGGCGUGACUGACAUUAUAUAAGAUCUUUCUGAAAGUAAAAAGGGCCCAAAUUCGGUGCAUUGGAAAAGACCUCUUUAACGAUAUACCGUAGGUUGGGUGAACGCAGGAUGUUCCUGGGCGCCCUUGUGUGGUGUUGGUGUGUGGGCCUUGUACUGGGGAAGGAGGGUGAGGCAGUAGCAGCUAGUGAUGAUGGUGGUGGUGUAGGUGUUAACUUCCUACAACCCAUCGACAAUCUCACCGUCACCUCCAGUCCACUUGCAAGUGAUGAGGGUAACACCAUUCAUGCUCCUGACCCAGUACUACCUCGGGCAAGUAGCCAAGGUGAAGUGUCAGUUCUGGAACAGGAAGAGAGAACGUUGGGAGACAAAGGUGAUGAUUUCAAGAGGACAGAAACAGGAAAUGAAGCCAAUCGUGUGAGGGCUGAUGCUACAGAAGAUACUCACGGGAAAACAGAACUGGAAUGGAAGAGGAAAACUGAUACUGAAUCAAAACAGAGAAGAGAAAUAGACAUUGACUUGGAAAGAGAGAAGGACAGAAAUACUCGUCGGAGACCUGUGGAGAAGUUGAUGACUAGGAGUGAAGAAUUUGAUAUAAAGAGUAGACAGAGUCUGUCUAGCACUGAGAUGGCACGAAAGAGAGAACUAGAACGGAAAGAGGAAAUCGCAAGAGAGGUGGCAAAGGCUGAACAAAAGAAAGGAGAAAUUUUAAACCAGCCCCAAAAUUCUCCCUUGCAUGAAAGGGGAAGUUACGACGGACAAGACUCUGAAAGAGAUAGAGAUAGAGAAAUAAAUUUGCAACGGGAAAGAGACCGAGCGUUAAGGAGCGGUACGUCUAGGGACCCCGGACCUGGUGGCAUGAGAGACUCGGGCCGUGGCAGCCGCAAGGUUGAUCGAGUAGCCGGUGACUACGAGGGUAAACAUCGUUAUCACCGAUUCAGUCACUCAAAGGAGCCAAUUCUUAUCAUUGAGGAAGUUACUCCACGGUACUACUCGAGCCCCUCUGAUCCUCGACCUGAUCACGACCACCGCAGGCCCUCAGAUAGGGGCCCCGUGUGGAGAGGCACCAGUCGACCUGACAGCAAUAGCCACCCUCCUGGUGAUCGGCCUAUACAGGACCCGCGCCGCCCUGAUCGACCACUACGUCUUCCUCGCCCUGAACGGCCUAUUUACCCUUCCAAGUAUGAUGAGGUUCACCUCGGUGGGUUGGCUCCACACUCUGGCCAUAACGCUGAUGGCUACCCCCCCAUAGACAAAGUGGCUUUUCCUGUAGCAGGAGUGCUGCCCCGCCCUCCGCAUUCGCCCCUUCCGCCCCUCCUGGUUGACAACGCCCUAGCGGUAGCGGCACAAGCUGACGCCGUCAACACUCAGCUGGCACUCAAGCAACAGCUUGGACAAGCAAUACUUGCCGAGCAAGCGCUGCAAGCUCAACAUGCUAUUCAGGCAGGGCAAAUUCAACAAGCAGCAGUAGCUGCCCAUCUAGCAAACCAAGCUGCAGCACAGCAUAUCGCAGUGCAGCAAGUUGCAGCGCAAGUUGCAGCACAGCAAAUUGCAGCACAGCAAGUUGCAGCACAAGGAGCGAUAACACAGCAAAUUGCAGCGGGAAAUGCAGCUGCUGGGAUUCAGGCGGCACAGGUAGGGCAAGCUACGUCAGGAACUAUGGCUGCUGGGCUUCAGGCUACACAGGUAGGCCAGCUUGGAGGAAGCACAACCAAUCUGGAAGAACUACUCAGGAACCGACUGAAGAUUCAGCUUCAACAGGGAGCAGCAGGCGCAGCAGCAGCAGGAGCGUCUGCCUUGACUGGCCAGCGUGCCGCACAACUCCAGUACAUUGCUGAAGUGCGCCUUCGUCUGCGGCAGGCACGGGAGGAGCUCUUUCGAAGACUGACACUUCUCAAGCCUUACUUCGAGCGCAGCACCAAGAUCUACACCGUGCCCAGCCUCCUGCCUAAGGUACCCCAGGGCGCAUUCCUUACUGCCAACCAGGUAGCGAGGCUACCCAAGAGACCCAUACAGAUUCAGCAGUCGACUACGACGCCCCACAUACACAUCCCUCGCCUGAAGGAGGUUGUGGAGCCGCAUCUGGAAGUGGAGUACGUGGAAUACCUCCUGGGCCUCCCAGAUGAUACUUUCAAUAUCAUCACCAACAUGUCGAAACGCGACUUCCUGCUGACGCUGUUUGCUAGUCUGUACCGCGACCCAGUACAGCACCUCAAGCCUUAUAUCACCACCAGCGUCUUGGGACAAACACCAGCCUACCCUCAAACCUCGGGUGUGCUGGGACAAACACCAACCUACCCUCAAACCUCGGGUGUGCUGGGACAAACACCAGCCUACCCUCAGACCACCACCACUCCCUCUACCUAUGUGGAUCUGCACACACAUCAGCAUUAUCAUCACUAUCCACCAAGACCUCCAACGUCUCAGUAUCAGCCACCCAGAGCCCCAUCACCGCUGUACCCUACCACAGAUACGUUAUCAUAUGGACGCUCUCAAUCCACUCCCUAUCCUCCUGUCAGUAAUGGUGUCCCUCCUCAAAGGGUCGUCAUCACUACAUCCUAUGUGCCCUCCACGACACCUCUUAUACUUACGACUCUGCGCCCGAUUAUAACCCCGACGCUAAAGCCACUAACAGCUCCUGCGCCUGAGUAUGGGGCACCCAAGCCUUCUUCUGUUCUGAAGAGCGACCAUGCCCAUGACUGCCACCACAAAUACGACAAAAAUCACCACGACGUCAACUGCGAGGGGCAAUACUUCGUGUACAAAGACGACCACAGUGAUGACUAUCACCACAUACACAUCCACCCUCAGAGCCAUGUCUCACAACCUGACGUCCCCGUCAAGGCGUCCGUCGUAGUGGGAAGCCUGAACCCCUCUGAAGUGACUUCGCUGUCAAAUCUCCUUGUCUCCUCGUACAGCAGCCUCGACACCGACCCACCACCAGCGCACACAGAGAACUCUCAUUUCAGCAUUAACGCCGGCCCAGCGCACACAGGAAACUCUCAUUUCGGCAAAUACCAUAUCACCAGCGACGGAUUUGUCGUAUCAAGCAAGGAAACCAAAAUUCGCCCAGGGGAUUCACUGGUGGCGCCGACGACCAAUUCCUCUACCGUUGUACUCGGGGUGGGUCUGAGGCCACAUGGAGGUCAGCACCAGUACCUUACGCCCAUCACUACUUCCAACCCACCACCGUUCUCCGAAGCACCCAUCCCUCCUUUCUCCACCACAUCCAUUCCACCUUUCUCCACCACACCCAUUCCACCUCUCUCAACCGCACCCAUUCCACAUUUCUCUUCAACACCCGUCCCUCCUUUCUCCACCAUUCCACUUCCCUCCAUCUCUACCUUAAUCAGCACCACCACCACCCUCUCCCCACAUUUUUCAUCCUCUUCUAUUUCAAGUACAUCUUAUGCACCAUCUAUUCCCUCUUCUACACCCUCCCCACCAGUCUCAGUCACUGCCAGUCCUCUACCAGGCUCGCCUAAUUUUCAUUUCCAGCCCCUCCCAUCCACCACUCAUUCCCCUAGCCUCCCCACCAGCACCCAUAAUCCACUUAUCCCCACCACUACGUACUUGCCACCGAAAAUCCCAAGUACUCCAAGACCGACGUUUGGGCCCACCCUCCGCCCUAUUCUUCCCUCCACGCCUUCCUCCUCCUUGGAACCGGCUACCACUCCAGUCUUCCACGUUACAAAGACCCCAGCCACUGCCACCUCGAGCCCAAUCUUCCACUUGACACCCCCCACCAUUAACAACGGACAAUUCCUCCCAGGGAAACAAAGUGACAGCGUUUCCUCAAGCUUCGGGAGCCACAGAAGGCCUCGCCCUUUCGACUUGUUCAACGAGGACUCAGUUUGGUUCAUCUUAUGUGAAAGUCAAUACACCUGGAAUAUAGCAACCACACGUCUGUAUAAUAUAAUAGCUGCAAGUCUCUCCCACCCGCAGCACUCUCAGCAGGGGUCUCAGGCGAACACCUUGGGCGACAGGAAACCUCCCAUGCCCCAGCUAGUGGGAGCAGAUGGUCUUCCGUUCCCACCUUCGUCAGGAGGCUUCCCCGAGUUCGGUGACCUGUCAAGACCACCUAAUACCACAGGAGGAUCCCCUAGCUCAGGUGGUCCUCCACGUCAGGUGAUACAAGAAGAGCUGGCCAAGCUGCCGGCGUACCUGAAGGAGGCUCCCAUCUGCGCCACACACCCCACGAACAGGUCCUUCUGCCUCAUGCCGAUGGGAUAUCCGAGUGAGCUGGCGUCCUCCCUCGUAGACAAAUACCGGGAGGAGAUAUCGGAGAUCCGCGAGGUACUGGCAGAUCUGCCGGAACCUUCCCUUCACCUGUCAGCUGCCCUCGACCAGUUCCCCAACAUAGAUACCAGCGUGGAGUGUGACAGCGUGGAGAAGACUGUUCAUCUGAGCUGGGCACAGGAUGUGUUGGGCAGCUGGUUCGUCAUUAUGCAGACGCCUCCUUUCACCCAGCCAGUCACUGUAACCACCUGCAGCUCGCUUGCCCGCAGACAAGGCUGCCGACCUCUGCUGCAGGCUCGUCCUCUGCUCGCCCUACAGCCUCGAGACACGCACCCUCGACCCUUCCUCUUCGACUUUCCCCUGCCAGUGGCGUGUGUCUUCGCCGACCCCCUGCAGAGUGUAAGCCUCCCUCAGCAGGUCCACUUGCAGCUUUUUCCAGCCCAACCUAAGUUGUUAUUUAUUGUGGGUGUAAUUAGAGCACGGGUAACGACCUGUAGUUUGAAAUUAAUGAAAGAAUUAUUGUAUGUAUAUGGAAGGUUUGAAGGCUUGGAAAUGACAGGUGGUGCGGUUCCACUGCAGGCCUCCAGCUCUGCUGUGACUGUUGUGACCUCAGAUGACCAGCCAGUGACUUCGCCCCUUGACUCUGACUUCGACCGCCUCCUUCCUUCCGCCACGCCCUACACAACCUCCCGCCAGACUGCUGACUCCAUGACCUCACCAGCGAGUGAGUCAAUCCCAGCGUUACCCGUGACAUCAUCACUCCGUAAUUCACUCAUGCCCUUCCCUAAGACGUCACUGUCAAGUCAACCAAUCCCUGGUGUCCUCGUGACGUCGCAGGCUUUCCCGCAAGCCCCGCUUCCCCUGCGUCCGGAUACGUUGCCUCCUGCUGCGACCGGAGACUUCCGUACUGAUGCAGACAUAGUACACGAUGAAGUGGAAGCCGAGGUUACGCAAAACUCGGGAUGCGCCAACCUCCUGACUCAUGUCUUCACAGUCUCACUCUCAGUAAUUCUGCUUGCACAAAGAUGAUUGCUUUAUCCUGCGCAUUUAUGUGCUAAUUGUGCCUGAUUAAUACAUCUUAAAGCUUUAUAAAUGAUAUAGUAUAAUGGGAUCUUUAGCUCUGAAUGCACAACACGCACAGGUUACAUUAGUAUAACCUUAAAGUAGGUUAGGCAAACAUACCAUUCAGGUGGAGGACUUGAUGACAUAAGAAAUGCUCAUUCAUUGGUUAGUCAGCCGCUGACAAUAAUAAGCAACACACUGCUUGAAGACUCCACCAUCUUGACACUUGCAAGAAUGGGUGACUGAUGCUGUGAUGCCUUGUAAGAUAAGGUUAGAUGAGCUUCAGUCAGGUUAGAUACAGGUGAUUUCAUAGACAUAUAGGCGUAUAAUGGAGAUACAGUAGUCUUCCAUUUACCUUCUCUCCUUUCCCUCUCUGAUAAUACAUUUUGUAAGAACAUACUGUAUAAUUCUGCUGGCAACCUGCGCCAUAAUUAUAGAGCUUAGAAAUUCAUUCUUGGACAUUAUUCAUUGUGAGAUUUAUAUUGUUUUUCAUUGUGGACAUACAAGACCUGUCCUAUAUGUUUUCAUUAAAGUUUAUGUCAUAUAUAUCUGUAAUGCUACAGUACUCUCUAAUUUCAUGUAGAAUAAACAAAGCCUGUAUUUUCAUGAAAUAUUUGUGGAUUCCAAAUUCCCUGUAGUUUCUUCCUGCUGUAGAAUGCAUUUAAUUUAAGGUUCAUGGACCAAAUAUUAUUAUUUUUUUUUGUUGAGCAGAUAAAGUGUAAAAUUAAAUUGUUUCUAAAUUAGUGAAUCCUUUAUAUUAUUAUUUUUAUAAUCAUAAAGAAGCGCUAAACCUACAAGGGUCAUACAGCGCUAUGUGCUGAAUAGUUUUAUAAUGCAUACAGACACUGCAAAGCCUAUCUGUGGACGGUAUUUAAAAGAUUACAAGUGCAUUAUGGGUCCAGGGACUAGAACCCAGCAUUAUGUUAGCUAAGGCAACUUGCAGUGGUAAUGAAACACAAACUGAUCAGUAGCGAGGUGAUGUGAGUGAGUUGGUAAACUAACUUAUUUGUUAUAUAUGUGAGGUUAUAUGUCAUUCGAAUACUUGUACCUAACCUGAAAAAAAAAUAAACAA